GGGGCCACAGCAGCCAUCACACAGGGGCCACAGCAGCCAUCACACAGGGGCCACAGCAGCCAUCACACAGGGGUAACAGCAGCCUGUCUCCCUGCUUGUCAUCCCUUUCCUUAAUCUGCUGCAGAGGAAGAAGUAUUAAUAUAAAAAUGAUUGACUCAGUUCAAAUACGUCGUCAUGGAGCUGUAGACUUUCAUUCGCACUAUGAAUCCCUGUGUGCAAUACAAGACUCAGUCCCAGUACCAGCUAUAAGAACCAGCUACGGGCACAGGACCCUAAGUUUUAAUGCGGAUAGGAUAAAAGUUUCUGACUGGCCACCUAUUCUUAAUUCUCUGAAAAUUAACAAGAACUUGACAAGUAUUUCAAUAAAAAGUUGCCAUCAGCCAGGACUUAGCGAUUCAGGUGCAGAAAAGCUUGGAAUCUAUUUCAAAAGACGUGUUCCACCCAUUCAUUCGAAGGACAUGACUUUUCAGUUAUGCGCAUCCAUUGCAGGGUGUUUAAGUGUAUCAAAUUCCUUGAGUAGUUUGGAACUUCAUGGACUGCCCUUACGGAAAAGAGACUUCAAAUUUUUAGCAAAGGGCUUGGCUGCCUCCAAAUCCUUGGAAAGUGUGUCUUUACCACACUGUUCUUGCGGAGAUGAAGGAUUGGAAAUAAUUUGUCAGAGUAUUAAGAAUUCUGAAACAAUCAAGAUUGUGGACUUCACUGGAUGCAGCUUGACAUGGCGUGGAGCUGAAUAUAUAGCCAAUGUAAUAAAGCAUCAAGCAACCAGACGACAUAGUGAGACCUGGGCUGAAAGCCUGAGAUACAGAAGACCUGACCUUGACUGCAUGACAGGACUGAGACGUGUCACUUUAAACUGCAAUACCUUUGUGGGCGACCGUGGAGCCAAUUCUUUAGCAGAAAUACUUGCCGAAGAUCUUUGGCUAAAAGCUCUAGAUAUGCGUCAGUGUGGCAUAUCCAAUGAAGGUGCAGAGUCCUUCCUCAAAGCUCUUCAGACGAAUACCACUAUACUGGUGCUGGAUAUGAGACAAAAUCCUCUGAUUGAUUAUUCAUUGCUGAAGACUGUCACGGAGAGAGUCCUUAUGAAUGCACAUGGUUCAAAUUCUGAGUACAAGUGGUUCAAAUCUCCAUCUUCAAAGGAUGGAUCAAAAGUCCUACAGAAAUGUAGAUCCACUAAUGUAAGGCAUGGAUGGAAAGGAAGAAACACUCUCCGUAUUGUUAUUUGGCGGUAUUCAGGGCUUUCAACCAAAAAGCAUUUAAUUUCUACAACAACACUUAAGGAAUUAUAUGAUCCAGAACCAAAGCCCCCAGGAGUUAAAGGUUUCCUCCCAUGGAGAACUGCAGAGAGAGCAAACAGGCGCAGAGAAAAAUCUCCAGAUUGGUCUCCAAGCUCUCCAUCACAGACCGGUACAGGAGUGCACAUUUUGGUGAACAGUGACACUUCUGAAAGUGAAGAAGCAGAUAGUUCUUUGGAUGUUUCUGAUUUGGCAGCAGUAGAAUCCCUUCGGAAAAGUGACCCAAAACAACUCAAGCGUUUGCAGGUGGAAUUAAAUGAUUGCCAACUAAGGUUGCACGAGGAAAGGAAAACAAGAUUAAAAGCUGAUGAAAGGAUAACUGAGUUGGAAAUGGAUAAUAAUCGACUAAGGCAAAUUAAUCAGAGUCUUUUUGAUGCCCUUCAAACACGAACCAUAAGCUCCUCACUCUUGGAAGAUGAAGAUGUUCUGGAAAGCAUUGAGAAAUCUUUUAAGAAAUUUCAUGCUUUUUUGGAUCUCUUGAGAGAUGCAGGCUUAGGACAGCUUGCCAGUGUGGCAGGCAUAGACCAGUUUGAUUUUAUUUUGCCAGGAGAUCCUCAGAUGUCUACCACUGCUGGUAGAUCUCACCAACCACACACGGAGAUAAACCAAAACCUACACAGAACCUUUGUAAUUGGCCAGCCGCACAACAGAGGUGAAAAAGGGAACCCCGUGGGCCUGUCUGAAUCUUGUUCAGCUGCUCCUUUGCCUGUCCCUGUGAAGCCAGAUAAAUUGUGUAACGCCAACCAAGAGAGCAAAGCAGGAACAAGUUUUGAUGUUGCACUACAGGACAGAGAGGGAUACAAGAACAGCGGGGAAACUUCAAUGCAGGAAUAUACCAAAGAUGCAGACUCUGUAAAAAAUGGAAGCAUGCAUGACUACAAAGGACCUAGUAAUGAAUGUUCUUCGACGGAUUCUAGGAAAAGCAAAAAAAGCAAUACAAGUAGAAAGUCCAAAGCAUCCCCUGGUGGAAUGGAUAGAAAUUCUUCAAAGAGAGGUCUCUCUGCAGGGACAAAUGACAAUGAUUUACAGGCCUCUGGAGAUAGACAUCAAAAUGGUACCAAAACUCCUCUCCUUUCUAAUGCCAGUAUGUCAGGAUCAGAAAUACAAGAAGAUAUGAAUUCUGUCGAAUUCCAGAGCAGUGGCUCACAUGAGAUAAUUCAGGGAGAAUGAGCCCUUUUCAGUAAUUGAAGGUACAUUCCAGACCCCUUAAGGACUUUAGCUUGCUGAAAAGCUUUAUGUGUGAAGUGUGUCCUAUUUUUUUCAUUUUGCAAAAGAAUUUCAAUAGAAAUUUACACUUUUAUAAAUUAACCUGGUUACACACAUGGCUUUGAAAGCAGACAGAAAAGGUUAUGUUACUUCCUCGUUUGGUUAGCUUUUUUUUGCACUGACCUCAAGAGGCAGCAAUAUCACAGAGCACCUUCCUUGCAAAGACUUUUCAUUGAGCUGCACUGGAAAGUCUGUGAUUGGACAGCAACAUCAAGUCUGGGUGGUAUUAGUAGAGGAAGACUUUCAAAGGCAGCAGUCAAGAGAUCUGCUGUUUCUGCAAGCUGUUUUUAGAUUUACCCCCAAUG